CUAUGAUCAAAAGUUGCAAUUGUACCAAACAGCACCUGUGUACUGAGGCUUACGGAUAUUAACACGCAAAUCAAAAUAUCAUACAAUGGCCGGCAUCGAUGACAAGCAAAUGUCUGUCCUAAUCACAGGGUGUUCCCCCGGUGGAAUAGGUAACUCGCUGGCUCGUGAGUUCCACAGAAAUGGGCUACGCGUGUUCGCGACAGCAAGAAGUGCAGACACCCUGCAAGAUUUGGCAUCAAUCGGUAUUGAAACGUUGAGCCUUGAGGUGGAUGACCAAGAAAGCGUACAGUCUUGCUUCUCAGACAUCAAUGCUAGACUCGGGGGCAAGGGACUCAAUUACCUAGUGAAUAAUGCAGGCCGCAAUUACACGGUCCCAGCGAUGGAGGCUGAGCUCUCGGAAGUUCGCGCAACUUUCGAAACCAACCUCUUUUCAGUCAUCUACAUUUGCCAGGUUUUCUUGCCUCUUCUCAUCAGAGCCAAAGGAACCAUUGUACAAGUCGGAAGUGUCGCUGGGAUUAUUCCAUAUGUCUUUGGGUCGGUCUACAAUGCCUCGAAGGCCGCCCUGCAUUCAUUCAGUGAUACCUUACGGGUAGAACUCGCUCCUUUCGGGGUCAAUGUCACCACGAUCGUCACCGGAGGUGUACAAUCCCGUAUUGCUCGGAUCAAACGUACGCUCACUCCCGACUCAAUGUAUCUCCCAAUCGAAGAGGAGUACAAUCGACGCGUGGUUCACAGUCAGGAUGGGGCCAUGCCAAAUUCCGAUUAUGCGCGGAGUGUGGUCUCACAAAUACUAUAUGGACCAGCCCCAUUGCGUUGGGUCUGGCCAUGGGCGCCAAGCCGUAGCUGGAUCUGGGAAGGUAACAAAAGUUGGGUUGUUUGGCUUCUCAGUGGGGGGUGGGCUUGGACUGGCCUGUUCCAUUUUAUGAUGACAAGAAUGUUCAAGCUUUACAGAUUGAAGAAGGUGGAAGAUGGGAAAAAGGCCGUGUGAUUUCUUCCAGGUUUACUGGUAAGGGGUCCGUUGUAGUGGGAUUUUGUGCUGAGGACGAGCUUGGAAGAUCCAAUGAGGUAAAUUGAUCUGGUCUUGGGACAGUUAAGUAUGAGCAACUUAGCUAAGGUUUCCACCUUCUCCUUUGCGCCUUCUAUUGAUAACACGAGAAGGAUUGAGUCAAGUAGAGAAAUAUAAAAAAAG